UGAAACCUCUUCUUGCAAUCGUCACUCACUAUCAUCUGCUUCGGGGAAACGUCACCAGCUUUUUGUUCGUUAAGCAACUCAUCACAGGCCAAGAAGAACCGAGCCCCAGCAGAAGAUUUGCAGGCGGAGACAUAAAUACUGCAGACAGAUUAGCACAACACAUUCUUUCAACCUCAAUCAACAUAGGUUGCAAUUGUUUGUUCUAUAUAAUACACAAGUUACCUUCAAUCCAUUAAUGGGAUCCACCGCCGAACCAGCCCCGGAAGUAAACGACAGCAAGCCACCAGGAAUCCAAUUCCUAGAGUACAUAAAAGGAUCUGCCAUUUCUUACAAGUCAUAUCAAGCACUUGUCCUAAUUGUGACGUUUUUCGCCUACUUGGCCUACCAUACGACCAGAAAAACCACAAGCAUUGUCAAAAGUGCUCUUGAUCCGCAGACGCCACGCACAGAUACAAACGCCCCCUUCUCAUGGAGAAGGGCUUAUUCUCACCAGCCAUUCGAAAGCACCAAGAAUUUGUCUGCUCUUGGAGCUGGAUGGCCACCCUUUAACGGCCGCGAUGGGACAGAAAUGCUCGGUGAGCUUGAUGUGGCGUUCCUGUUCGUGUAUGCGGUGGGGAUGUACUUCUCCGGUCAUGUUGGUGACAGAGUUGAUCUUAGGGUAUUUCUUUUUGUAGGAAUGGUUGGAACGGGCUUGUUUACUGCCCUGUUUGGAGUUGGAUACUGGGCAAACAUCCAUAUCUUUUCUUACUACUUAGUAGUUCAAAUGCUUGCCGGAUUGUUCCAAUCCACUGGGUGGCCCUCUGUGGUCGCCGUUGUGGGAAAUUGGUUUGGUAAGAAGAAGAGAGGACUUAUAAUGGGUGUUUGGAACUCUCAUACAUCUCUUGGUAACAUUAUAGGUUCUGUGGCUGCUUCGAUAUUGUUGAAGUAUGGGUGGGGUUGGUCCAUGGUUGCUCCUGGUUUAGGCAUUGCUUUUGUUGGCAUGGUGCUGUUCUUCCUAUUGCCGGUUAGUCCUGAAUCAGUUGGAGCUGUUGUGGGAGAUGAUGAAUUGAGCUCCUCCAAGAAAGUGGGGGAAGAAAUAAGACAACCUUUGCUGGAAACAGAGGCAGAUGCAAAGGAUGCUGUGGGGUUUCGACAGGCUUGGAGUAUUCCUGGGGUUGCGCCUUUUGCUCUUUGCCUUUUCUUCGCGAAAUUGGUGGCCUAUACUUUCCUAUACUGGCUUCCUUUCUACAUUAGCCACACAGCUAUAGAGGGGAGGUACCUGACGGAUGAGGAAUCUGGAAACUUGUCGACUAUGUUUGACGUUGGAGGGGUGGUCGGAGGGAUCCUGGCAGGCCACAUUUCUGAUCGUCUAGAUGCAAGGGCCAUAACAGCAGCAAGCUUCAUGUACUGUGCUAUCCCAGCUCUCUUUCUGUACAGAAGCUACGGCCACAUAUCAAUGACGUUAAACAUCACACUCAUGCUGGUCACAGGAAUGUUUGUGAAUGGGCCUUAUGCUCUUAUAACAACAGCAGUUUCAGCCGACCUGGGAACACACAGCUCGUUAAAAGGCAAUUCACGGGCAUUAGCCACUGUUACUGCUAUAAUAGAUGGAACAGGCUCAAUUGGGGCAGCCAUCGGGCCUCUACUAACAGGAUACAUUUCAGCCAAGAGCUGGAAUGCUGUAUUCACAAUGCUAAUGGUUUCAGCACUAAUAUCUGGUUUGCUUCUAACAAGACUUCUUGUGGCCGAGGUGGCUGCAAAGAUUCAAGGGCCGGGCACACAAGAACUUCCUGGGUCAAGGGCGGCUCUGCCUGAAGCAUGAUUUUACUAUAGAACUGCGUUGUUUUCUGAGUUCUCGUGCCUCCGUGUGCUAGAUAUUUCGGCUCAGAUGAGUAGCCACAGUCGAUAUGAAAUCGAGUGGUAAAUAGUUUGUGGUUGAGGUCUUGAUAGAAGAUGUUUUUGCGUCAUUCAUGGUUGAUGUUGUGAUGGGAAGAAAUGGUGAUUCCCUUGUUUCUAUUACAUGUAAAAAUAAGUAGAUAACCUCAUUGUACAGUCUUGUAUACUACAUGGGACAAUAUAUGUCCCUAGAGAAGGCCAGAGGAAAUGGCUAUCCACAGGUCUAACAUUAUCAUUUGCUCUUUUGAGUUCUUUCAAUCAAAAGAUAUCUUAUUCUCU